AUGGAUAGUAACAUGUCAACCGCCGCCUUCAUGCAUCGAGAGGGGGGGGGAGGGAGGGGGUCGGGUGGCUCCUCUAGCGCGUCAAGUGCUGGCACGGGAUCGUCGACCGGCGGAGGUCCUGGGAACCCGGCGGGAGGCGGCAGGAUGGCCGUCAUCGGCGUGACCAGAAACGUACGUCUGAGGCGUCGCGGUAACGCCGGCUUCGGUUUCUCAUUACGGGGCGGACGCGAGUACGCCGCCGGAUUUUACGUCAGCGACGUCCAGCCGGGUGGCGAGGCUCACAGAAAUGGAUUGAGGGUAGGCGAUCAGAUCCUGAGGGUGAACGGUUACCCGGUGGAGGACGCCGUUCACCAGGAGGUCGCGCUCCUUGCGAAGAAUCAGCAAGUCCUGGUUCUCAAAAUUCGAAGCGUUGGGAUGAUACCCGUAAAAGACAAUCCAAACGAUCCGGUUACCUGGCACAUGGUGCAGCAACAGCAACAGCAGCUGCAGUACAACGAAACUGGUUUAGGCGGUGUGCCGAGCGCAGAAGUCAGAAUUCGGAUUCUCGUCGGCGAGAAGGGUCGCCUGGGCUGCGGUGUUUGUAGAGGCAUCGUACCUGGUCUCACCGUUCAGGGCACGAGGGAAGGCGGUCCCGCGCGAGCGGCCGGCCUGAAGGCCGGCGACGUGAUAAUCUGGUGCAACGGGCAACGACUCACCGAUCUUCCGUUCGAGCGGGCCAUCGAGGUGAUGCGCAGCUCGGCAAUCCUCGACCUCGUGGUGCAACGGCCCACGUCCCCGAGUCACCUCUACGACUGUCCCGAGCCGUUGUGGACCCGCGGCUCCAGCGGCUACGACUCCGAGACGUCCAGCGUGGCGGCCGCCAGUCCGCCGCCCCAGCAUCAGAACAACCCGUCGUCCUCGCCGCAGCAUCACCACCACGACGGCAGGAUGCACCAGCGGUAUCCGCGCGACGACGCCUGCAACCGAAACGGCAGGAUGUGCUGUCCGCUCGCCCUGUCGACCACCAGCUGCAGUUCCUCCUCGGAGUGGGCGCACGUGGAUCAGGCGCCGGAAUGGUCGCGUAAACCGAAUAACACAACCGUGAUUCGUGUUAAUCAGAGCUCGAACCAGAACCAGAAUCACCGGCCUGUAUUGGGCGGGCAGUAUCACUUCAAUCCGCGCGGCAAUUACGAUGAUGACAUCGACAAUGAGCCGCUUUACGAUCCCGUGGCGCCCAGGAUCGACUACGAGGUGCACGAUUUCGACGCGAAUCCGCGGGACGAGGCGAAUCGGCGGCUGGCCUAUCGGCGAGAUAACGCGAGGCAGCAGGACGUGAUUUAUGACGGGCCCGCGGACGACUUGCCCAUGUACCAUGGCUCCAAAGAGAACGGCGUCCAGGCGGCCGAGAGGAAGACGAUAACGACCGUAGAGGUGCAUCAGUCGGUUUGUCCACCUGCACCUCCGCCGCCGCUUCCUUACAAAUGGCCAGCAGAGACCAAACCAAUGAACGCCAUGGGCAUGCAAAUGGGCAGCACCAUGUCGAUGGGCAGCACCGGCUCGACGGAGACCGAGUCGAGCCUCGAGUCGUCCUGCAGCAAGGACUCCGCGUCGACGUCGUCGUCCCUGUCGACGUCGUCCUGCGAGCCGGCGUCCACCGUCUCUUAUGGAUCGGCCGCGGGCGGCGGAUCCGGCAGCGUCACCAGCAAAACGACGGAGAGCUCGACGGCCACCUACGCGACGCCGCGCAAGGACGUCGCCAGGAUGUCGCCGAUCGCCAGCACCGAUCUGAGCACCGCCAUCACGCAGGAGUUGCAGAGGCGAGCGCAGCAGAGGAUGAACAAUGCCGCUAAAGCGGAAGCGCCAAAGGAAAGAGCUCCGGACAAUCGCAAGCCUCAGAAUCCCGAAGCUCUGAGAUCGCAGGAGCAAAAAGUCACACACGACAAGCUGAUGGAAGAGUUUAAGCGUGCCCACCAAAAGAUGUUCAAUUCUGCUCAGCAAAAGGCUCAGUCCUCGGAACAGGUGCCCAAGGACGAACAGCAGAAGCGAAUGCUCAACGAGACAACGACACCGACAACGACGACGGCGGCAACUGCAGCGGCGGCAGCGGCGGGAGCGGCUGGAGCGGCAGUAGCGGCGAGAGCGGCGGCAGCGGCAGGAACAGCGGCAGCGGCGGUGACAGGUCCUCCGGUGCCGCCGCCAGCACCUCCGCUUCCGUUUCCUUCCAAAAAUCGGAACAGCGACGACUCGGUGGAGAUGCAGAGCAUCGAGUCGUUCAAGCUGAAGGAGACGCCCAAUACGGUGCCGAAACCGCCGCCGACGUACUUCCCGGUGACGAGUCCCUCCUCGACGAGCGGCAGUCCGAUCCGGCACAUCGGUACCGCGAGCAAGGUGCCCAAGGACGCCGCGACGAGCCCGGUUGCGGAGCUCGCGAAGAGCACGACCGCGCCGGUCUCGCCGAUCAACGGCGCUCAAGCGUCGAAGGUGCCCGGCGGCAAGGUGGCCAUCAGGAUAGGAUCGUACGAGGGCGAGACGAAGCAGCCGUCGAGAUUGGAAUUCUUGCCGCAACAGCCGAGCCGCGACAAGAACGGCCCUGUCGACGAGUCGGACAAUGCCCCCGUCGUCUCCAGGCUGCAGAACGAGCUCGCCGCGACCCUGCAGAGGUCGAACCUCAGAAGAAAGACUGAAGGCGAAAAUCAAUCGCCCGUAAAGACUAUCCACGAGAACGCAGCGACGUCCAGCAACGAAACAACGAAUCCGGAGCCGAACAAGCUUCUUCAGAGCAACAUCGAGAAGCUCGCUUCCGCUCUCAGCAACAAAGUCACCAUCAAAGUGAAUCCGGAGAACAGUAGUCGAUAAAAAGAAUGCAAGAUCGAGUUGAGAAGACCGUAGCAACAAUCAUCUUGUAUCUUCGUAAAUUUUGUACAUUUUUGCACGUUUCGCUAACCAUUUCGACUUAAUUAUAUAUAAGUGAAAAGACGCCCGCCUAUUGGCGUGGCUCUUUUACACGUACAUGUUUUUUAUAUCUUAUUUAUUAUCGUAUUAUACACCGAGAGUAAGGAGAGUGUGAGGGAGUUAAUUCUUAUUAAUCGAAACGAGGUUUCACGACCAGUAUUUAUCACGUAGUCUUUUGAAUGUAAUCUACUGCGAUCGCGGCUAUGUACGAAUCUUAACGGAAAAUUCGACGAGACGUUGAAUUUUUAAAUAAAAUCAACGACACGUAAAAUGCUUAAAA